GAGGGCACGAUUUUGGUGGUAGGGUGAUGGGACAAUCCAGCCAAAGUGCUCCACAUCCAAGUGAUGGAGCUGGGAUUUAUAGGUGGCUGUAAGGCUUUAAAAACCAGCCCGGGCCAGUAGGGAAAUCUGUCAGGAAUGGGAGUGAGGUGACUCGGCAGAGUUUUGGGGUAAAAAAAAUCAAAAGCAAAUGUCAGCAGGGCGCUGCAGGAGGCAAGGUGGCUGUAGGAGAAAUGAGUAAUACCUGAGCAUGCAGGACAGAAAAGCACCCCAGAAAACCUCCAGGCUCCUGGGGCUGUGUGCUAAGAACCAAGUUGGAGGAAACGACCAAGAAAGGAAGGGGAAAGCAGAGCCGGUUUCGGGAAGCCGGGCCCCUUGCCAAGCUUUAUCGGCAGCGUUGCAAACUCGGCGAGCGCCGUCAGCAGCGACAGGGGUCGGGCCAAACCACCGCGACCCCGGGGCCUCCCGUGCCGCCUCACUUCUCCUAUUUCCCAGCUCAAAUAGAGGGAUGCUGCGGGCCCCGGGGCUGGGGCCGGCAUGGCUGUGCGGGCAGCCCUGCUGCUGGCCGUGCUGCUGCUGCUGUCCCACCUCCCUGGGGACACAGCAAUCCUGGAAGCCAACGGCAACCUGAGCUGCCGCUGCCUCAGGACCACGCGAGCCUUCAUCCCACCCGAGAGGUACAGCAGCAUCGAGGUGUGGCCCGUGGGGAGCAGCUGCCGGCGCCCCGAGGUGGUGAUUAAGCUCAAGAGCCUGAAGAGGGUCUGCGUGGAUCCUGACACCCCGUGGGUGAAGAAACUCUUGCAGGACCUCCCUCACCUGAGGAAGAAAAAGGCUCCCCGCUGAGGAAGCUGCCACCAGAGGCACGGCCAGAUGUGCUGGGCUCCAAACUGCCUCCCUUCCCAUCCUGCUGUUGCCUUACCCUAGUCCGGAGGGGGAGCAUGCUGCUGCCUGAGCCCCUUUGGAUGCCUCUAAACCCUUAACAAUGCCCAUCCCUGCUUCCAGCCUCUCCCAUCCCUUAGCCAUGCCUUGGGUGUCCCUUUUGGGCAUGACCCAGCAGGCCUAAUAAAGGUGGCGGCCCUCUGUCA